ACCACAAACUACACAACAUUGUCACAAAAGCAUCUCUCUAGCUUUGUUCACCUUUCACCCACCAUUCCACCGCAAUCAUGAAUUAUUCGAACCCGAAUGAAUUUCAGAAAUUCUCUUCAUCUCCGCCGCCGUCGGCACCACUAUCAUACCACGGUGCUCAGUCCGUGACGACCGGCGUUCCAGUGAGCUCGAAGGAAGAUUACUAUUCAGACAACCCACAAGCACCCAUUCAUGUUCCACCCAAAACCAAGGUUGCUUGGUCCACCGGUCUCUGCAACUGCUUCGACGAUGUCCCUAACUGUUGCAUGACAUUAUGGUGUCCAUGUGUUACUUUUGGACGGAUUGCAGAGAUUGUGGACAAAGGUUCAACAUCUUGUGGGACAAGUGGGGCGCUUUACGCGUUAAUAGCAUGUCUGAUUGGUUGUCCGUGCUGUUACUCAUGCUUCUAUCGUUCUAAGAUGAGGCAGCAAUACGCGCUGCACGAAAGCCCCUGCAACGACUGCUUGAUUCACUGCUGCUGCGAGUCUUGCGCCUUGUGCCAAGAGUACCGUGAGCUCAAAAACCGCGGAGUCGACAUGAUCAUUGGGUGGCAAGGAAACGUGGAGAGACAAAAUCGUGGAAUAGAAUUGCCGCCGGUGGUUGAAGGAGGAAUGAGCAGAUCAUGAAUGUGAAAGAUUUACUAGUUAAUUGGGUUGUUAAUUAUUGUGGCAUAUAUAUAUGGCUUUGUUAAGUUUGCAAUGUUAAAUUACAAUAAAAACUAGAAACAGAAAGCUUGUGAUGUUGGAUUUGUUGUAUUUUACCAUUGUAACCAUAAACAACGACACUUUGUUUACUCA